GCCUCAUUACUAGGGAGAUGGAGAAGGCCUGCUUGCUGUCGGUCGCGAUACGACUGAUCGGACAACUACACUACCUGGGUACUAGCGAGAUGUUUGGCAUUGAUGUUAAAGAAUGGCAGGGCAGCUUUCAAGCGGUGCCCAUUGGUCCUGCUAGCCAGCCUGCCAACUGAUCUUCAUACAGUAUGCACUGGCAUCUACCGCGCUGUAUUAGACAAGGUAGGCAAUCUCACCCGAACAUCAAGCACUCAAAAGCCACCACCACCAUGCCAUCACAUUACAUCACCUCACCGCAGCGCAGCGCUUUCUAGAACCCCCAGCCCUUCCGUCCAGGCUUAUUCGAUAACACCAGAUGAAUGGCCAGGCACACCGACAUCAGCCCAAGCCAUUUCAAAUUACACCUACAUCUCGCCCGACUCAGCUCAGCCCAUUCUCGGCGGCCAGGCCAACUCUCCGGGUGAACCACUCAGCCGACCGACCUGCUUGCCCGACGCAAAUUGGCCGCUCCAGGAGACCUUCUCCGAGCUCUAGGCCCUGUAUUGAUUGUUUCAUGCUUCUUGCGACACCAGCCAGGGCUGCUCCUCCGCCUCCCCUGCAUUGUUAUCCUGCAUCGCAUCGCCAUACGUCCUUGUUUUGAGGAGCGGCGAAUAAUUUUUCUCGCAUUCUGUGGGGCUGAUCAACGCGGCCAAAGCCGUUGGAGCUAGUGCCGCUGUGAGAAUCCGCUCAAAUCGAAGCUUGAUAGUAUGUUCUUCAACUUCCUCUUUGGAGGGCUUCUCGGC